AAAAAUCAUAACAAUGGGUGGAGCUAAAGUUGAUUCCAAAGAUCCAGUAAGAGGGAUCAUCUCAGGUGGUAUAACCGGUGGAAUCGAAAUUUGUAUCACAUAUCCCACUGAGUAUAUUAAAACUAUGAUGCAACUCUAUAAGGAAUACUCAUAGAAAGGAGUCAAAUAUUGCAUUGGUGAAACCUAUAGGAAUUUUGGAAUUACAGGAUUUUAUAGAGGCUUAACACCUUUGGUCACAUUUUCUAUUCCCAAAGUGGCUUGCAGAUUUGGUGCCAAUGAAUGGUUAAAGAACAAUGUAUUCACAGACAGAAAAAGCAGAUUCUAAACUUUCUGUGCAGGAUUAGGAGCUGGUGUGUUUGAAGCACUUGUUGUAGUGACACCCACUGAAACUUUGAAGGUUAAAUUGAUACAUGAUAAAUUAUCAACCACUCCCAAAUAUAGAGGAAUGAUUCACGGUAUUGGAUCAAUUGUAAAUGAAAUGGGAUUAUCUGGUAUUUAUAAGGGAUUGGUUCCAACUAUUGUAAAACAAGGUAGUAAUUAAGGUAUCAGAUUCGUUGUGUUUGAGGAUACUAAGAAAUUCAUCUAAAAAACUUUUACAUUUUUACCUGAACCAGUUGUCUUAUUAUUUUCAGGAGGUAUUGCUGGUGCUGCAUCUGUGAUGUGUAAUACUCCAGUUGAUGUCAUUAAAACAUAAAUGCAAGGUCUUAAGGCUCAUUAAUAUAAUGGUGUUUUGGAUUGCUGUAAAUAAACUUAUUAACAAGAAGGAGUCAGAGGAUUCUACAAAGGAACUGUACCUAGAUUGGGUAGAGUUGUUUUGGAUGUAGCUAUUACAUUUACACUAUAUGAUUAUAUCGGAAGAGUUCUUAAUUUGGUUUGGCCACCAAAACAUUGAUAGUUCAUAUAAUUUUAUUCAAGAUAGUAAUAUAAAUCUAUAAUAAAUAAAUAAAAA